AUGUCGGACAUUAAAGAAUCGAUUGACUGGUUUGAAGAAAAAAUUGAUGAAGGAUAUUUCAAUUAUUAUGAAUAUUUGGACUUCAAGAAUAUACAACCAAUAGGAAAUGGUUCGUUUGGAAACGUAAUGCGUGCAAAUUGGAAAA